AUGUCCUCAGUAAUGCAUUACUAUCCAAUGCACCAAUCAUCCAAAGUGACGGUAUACCAAACACCAGUGGUUAAUUACAACAAUAUGAUCUAUCCACCAAACCAACAACAAAUAUACCCCAUUCCCAUGGAACAAUCGCCUCAUAAUCCCACUGCUCCUCUUUUAACUAACGAUGUUGAAAUGCAACGUAAUUCAUCUGACGAAAGCCUACCGCAAACUGAGCCGGUACGCACUAAACUCAAACGUUCUCGUACGGCUUUCACCAGUUCACAACUUGUGCAGCUAGAAAGUGAAUUCAAGCGCAAUAUGUAUUUGUAUCGUACACGUCGCAUUGAAAUUGCUCAACGUCUGUCGCUUUGUGAAAGACAAGUUAAGAUUUGGUUUCAAAAUCGUCGCAUGAAAUACAAGAAAGACACACAAGGUCCUCAAGAAACCAAAGCAGCUGCCAAAGCCGCCCAGCCAAUGACCGAACAAAACGUUCAUAAGGGCAUUGUUCAGCGCUUGAUGUCAUAUUCCCAGGAUGUAUCAUUGCAAACAGCUGAGAAACGUCCCUAUAGCACUGCUUUUCCAGUAGCUCCUACCACAAAUCCCACCAAAGUUCAUCAUGUCGAGGCUGUCAUUCCCAAGGAAAUGCCAGUUGCCAAAAUAACUCCCAAUCAAAACCAAUCAUUUACACCAGAUUUAAGUGAAAUAUUAGAUCAUCUUUCGGAAAGUUCCCCCACAAGUAGUCAAAACUCUUCUUCGUCUUCCUUAAAUACAUCCAGCUAUUCUUCGUAUAAUUUGGACUUGGUUUUACAAUCGAUCAAACAAGAUUUGGAAUUAUCCGCUCAGGCUUGGUCGUCGAGAAGUUCACAACAUACACAAUGGACACCAAAUGUUCCCAGUGCUACACCCGCACCAUCGAUGAAUUUGACUUGGGGCGAACCUGUUGCCAAAGCCAUGAAAGUAAAUCGUUCUCAUAUGAAUCCCACAGGAAUGUAUUACAACUACUAA